GCUCGCCUCCUUUACUUUCUCUCAGCUCUCUGCUCUCUGCUCUUUCCCACACUGCAAAGUUUGCAGAGGGAAGCACCGCACCACACCACACCACUCAAAAUGCCUCAACCAGCCAAGAGGCCCCUGGAUCAGUCCACUAUCGAAGUCAAAGUGAAGAGUCAGGACGGGCGUCAGCUGUAUUUCAGGAUCAAUCGCUCUACCCCAUUACAGAGGCUCUUGGUUGCGUAUUGUCAGCGAAUAAAUCUUGAUUACAAAACUAUGCAGUUCGUCUACAAUGGUAACCGUGUGACUGCAAAACAAACUCCCGAGCAACUUGGUAUGGAAGACGGCGAGGAAAUUGAUGCCUUGACGCACCAGAUGGGAGGUGGUUGCAGGGCAUUCUGACUGCAUACAGAAAAAUAGGUAGAUGGUAAAAGAUCAAUGAGAAAGUGGGCUCUUUGCUUUCUCCUGGAAUUUGCUUAAGAAACAAAUUUUACGCAAUGUCAUGUUUUAAACUUAGCCAGCAUACUUGCUUGAUGAUGACCUUUUUUCCUGUCAAUAUGCAAAACAGAUAGGUGGAUUCUGCUGUUGAUAUCUUUGCUUGUUGAAACCUGAAAGCAUUUAGCCAGUGAGCAGUUAAACACUCGAUGGAAAUGAGUGGAUUGAGCUUUACAA